AUGUGCGGAUUGGUGCGGAUCUUGUGCCUGCUGGGAAUAAUGGCUCUACUUCUGCCGCUGGGCUACCAUGGUGAAAGCGUCGAGGGAGGCGACCUAUUAGACCCGGCUUAUGGAGACUUUUACGGGAAUGCCAGUGCCCCCAGGUUGCUGCGAUUCCGUGACUUUGAGCCCAGGGAGCCUAGAAAUGUGGCCUAUUCUUUGGUGGAGGAUCCACUGCCAGGAGUAGAACGCGAGGGUCGCGGCUUCCAUUUCCAUGCUAGCGGCGAGGACGUGAGUGUGGAGCUGGAGUUUAUUGUUCCAUUCGUGAAGGUGCCUGUAAAGAGGAGCAUGAACCUGGCCCGAGAUGCGGUCCAGAGUAUUCUCAAUCUGCGAACGGGAGCUAUUCUGAAUACAGCUGUGGUGGUGGCCGCUGGAGCGGUUAUAGCAGCUGUAGUGCGUCUGCUCCUGGCUCCCCUGGUGAUCACCUCGCUGGGCAAUGGUUAUGGCUACAAAUCGGAUAACAGCAGGGGCAUGCGUCGACUUACCGAUGUGGUGGAGUCCCAACUGGAAGAGCACAAUAUCGACAUGACUGUCUGUGUCCAGCAACUCAUCUGCCAGUAUCUGCAAAGGAAUUUGACUUCUGGUUAUGCCAGGGUUCUCAAUGUGUUGGCCAGCUCUUCCUGGCUGCCCUCUUCUGUGCAAGGAACAGCAGUCUUCCAGGCCAUUCAAUCUUCGAGAAGCAGUCGCAGUUGUUUCCAAACAUAUCGCAGCUGUCGAUGGCCCAAACGCUUAAAUUGGACGUCGGGAUCUCUGCCGCAAAUACUAAAGUUCUUUAAUGGAUAA